CAGGCGCAGUGCGCACGGGUCCUGAGUGGCGCGUGCGUGGUGUUGUUCGAGCUCCGGCGCCAUGGACGACGAGGAGGAGACUUACCGCCUCUGGAAAAUCCGCAAGACCAUCAUGCAGUUGUGCCACGACCGUGGCUACCUGGUGACCCAGGAUGAGUUGGAUCAGACAUUGGAGGAGUUCAAAGCCCAAUUUGGGGACAAGCCAAGUGAAGGGCGUCCACGGCGCACUGAUCUUACCGUGCUGGUGGCCCACAAUGAUGACCCCACGGACCAGAUGUUUGUCUUCUUCCCAGAGGAGCCCAAGGUGGGCAUCAAGACCAUCAAGGUGUACUGCCAGCGCAUGCAGGAGGAGAACAUCACCCGCGCGCUCAUCGUGGUGCAGCAGGGCAUGACGCCCUCUGCCAAGCAGUCCCUGGUAGACAUGGCACCCAAAUACAUUCUGGAGCAAUUCCUGCAGCAGGAGCUGCUGAUCAACAUCACGGAGCAUGAGCUGGUCCCAGAGCACGUCGUCAUGACCAAGGAAGAGGUGGCAGAGCUGCUGGCCCGAUAUAAGCUCCGGGAGAACCAGCUGCCCCGCAUCCAGGCCGGAGACCCCGUGGCCCGCUACUUCGGGAUAAAGCGAGGGCAGGUGGUGAAGAUCAUCCGGCCCAGUGAGACGGCGGGCAGGUACAUCACCUACCGGCUGGUGCAGUAGCUGUGGAACAGCAGCCCCUGGAGACAAACGGAUGGACAUAUGGGCACGGGCUCGGUUGCCUUCUGUGGAGACGUGCCCCGGCCUCUUUGCUACUGCUGCUCUGAGCUCCCUGGACAGCAGUCACUGCUCAGUUUACCUUAUCUGGAUGAGGAUUUCAGUAGCUGCAUCAUGCCGAGGCCUUAGAAAGGACAUGGUGCUGUCCAGGGAGGUCCCCUGGGACAGCUGAUGUGAGCCCUAGUCCUGGGGCAACCUGCCAGGUGGGGACCAGGGUGCCUCUCCCAGUGGCCUUGACGUGCAGCUGACCAUGUGGCUCACAGUCCGCUGUUGUGGGCUGCCCAUGUGUGCCUGUGGCCUGUCCCCACGCAGCCUCCUCCACCCAGACUGCCCCUGCGAGCGCAUUGCGGUCACCAGGAUCUGAGGUCUCAGCUCGAUCAAGUUCUCAGCUGCCAUAGAAUGUUGAAUGUUUUAAAAAUUAAGGCUAUUUUGAGUAAAUAAACUUAUCUCAAACACCAA